UCUUUUGCCUCUUAUAAUUUGUUAAAUUUUUGUUCAGAGUAUGGGAUGCUAACAGGCCCUUACCAGAGGUACUGUUGCAGAAGUAUAUUCAGCCCAACCACACCAACAACGCAUUUAAUCAAUGUUCUCCAACGGAUUGCCGUGCAAUCUGUCGUUUCCGAGCUGUCUCAGUGUUCCAAAAGACGAGAUUGGUAAUGAAGAGCUCUUGCCAUCCAAUAUGGGGACUAGAGAGCCUGUAAUCCUCAAUGUCUACGAUAUGUACUGGAUCAAUGAAUACACAACGUCAAUUGGUCUCGGCGUAUUCCAUUCCGGUGUAGAAGCAUUCGGGACUGAAUUCGCCUACGGUGGACAUCCAUUUCCCUUUACAGGGGUAUUUGAAAUAUCUCCGCGAGAUCACGAUGAACUGGGGGACCAGUUUCAGUUUCGGCAAAGCAUUCAAAUAGGCUGCACCGACUUCACGUACGAGGAAGUGCGUCGGAUUGUUGAGGAAUUGGGCAAUCAAUUUCGCGGCGAUCGUUACCACCUUAUGAACAAUAAUUGCAAUCACUUUUCUGGCUCUUUGACACAGAUACUCUGCGGCCAAGAAAUACCUAGCUGGGUCAAUCGUUUAGCGCAUUUCAGCUCCUGUGUGCCAUUUCUACAAAGGUGUUUGCCCAAAGAGUGGCUGACACCGAAUGCCUUGCAGCAGAGCAUAACCACAAUCCAAGAGCGCGAAGACUCUGACAACAGUCCUCUUUGAGACAUUACCUGAUCGAAAAUACGAAAAUCACUUGCGAACACCCCCCCAAGCGAUCAUACAAAGUUCACUCCCAAUUGCAGUCCGAAGACCAACAUUGUUAAGUUAAAUUGUGCGAAAUGACGGGUUACUCAAAUUUACAUAGGCAUAUAUACAUAUAUACAUUCAUUUCCAAGCCAACAAACGCCCCAAAUCCAAACAAGAAAGAAACAAAAACAACUAUUAUUAAUAGAAUUAAUUAGACGAGAUAGACAUAUACAUAUACAUACUUACGUACAUGCAUAGAUACAUAGAUACAUAUACAUGCGAAGUGACUAAAUUAUUGGCUAUUGUAAUUUGUAUUUGUAAUACGACUAUUCAGAAUUAAGAUUAAUUAUUAAGUGGCCGGUUAAAUCUAAGUAGCAGGCGAAGUCAGCAGCAGCAAUAGCAGCAGCAGUGUCAUUUAUAGAAUUUUAAAUUAAUAACUGAAAGAAACAUCGAGAAAUCAUUAUUAGGCACUUGCUAAAUUGUACUAACAAGAAAAAACCACAACAGACAUACAUAUGUAUAUGUGGGUAAAUGAUAUCAAAUGUUGCCCAAUUUACUGGUUUACGGAGGGGGGAAUUUUAUUUUUUGAAUUCCCCGACCGACCAUUGGAACUCGAUUAUGGAAUUAGUUUUCUGUUUAAAUUCGUUGUAGCAUUAUACAGAGCGCUCUCAUAAGCAGCCGCAUGUCUAUCAAAACACCAAAAUGAUCUGUUAUCAAUAAAUAAUAUAAAUAUAUGUACUUGACAUUCUGAUAUUUA